AUGGCUAUGAGUUCUUUUUUGAUCAACUCAAACUAUGUCGACCCCAAGUUCCCUCCGUGCGAGGAAUAUUCACAGAACGAUUACCUACCCAGCGACCACUCGCCGGGGUACUACGCCGGCGGCCAGAGGCGAGAGAGCAGCUUCCAGCCGGAGGCGGGCUUCGGGCGGCGCUCGGCGUGCACCGUGCAGCGUUACGCGGCCUGCCGGGACCCUGGGCCCCCGCCGCCUCCGCCGCCGCCCCCGCCGCCCCCGCCACCGCCCGGGCUGUCCCCUCGGGCUCCUGCACAGCCGCCGUCCGGGGCCCUCCUCCCGGAGCCCGGCCAGCGCUGUGAGGCGGUCAACAGCAGCCCCCCGCCGCCUCCGUGCGCCCAGAACCCCCUGCACCCCAGCCCGUCCCACUCCGCGUGCAAAGAGCCCGUCGUCUACCCCUGGAUGCGCAAAGUUCACGUGAGCACGGUCAACCCCAAUUACGCCGGCGGGGAGCCCAAGCGCUCUCGGACCGCCUACACUCGCCAGCAGGUCUUGGAGCUGGAGAAGGAAUUUCACUACAACCGCUACCUGACACGGCGCCGGAGGGUGGAGAUCGCCCACGCGCUCUGCCUCUCCGAGCGCCAGAUCAAGAUUUGGUUCCAGAACCGGCGCAUGAAGUGGAAAAAAGACCACAAGUUGCCCAACACCAAGAUCCGCUCGGGCGGCACCGCAGGCUCAGCCGGAGGGCCCCCUGGCCGGCCCAACGGAGGCCCCCCCGCGCUCUAGUGCCCCCCUUGCGGG